AUGGAUUCCAAGAUCAUAUUCUUCUCCGUCAUCCUUCUGUUCAGUAGUGGUGCAGCCAUGAACAUCACCACUACAGUCACUCUUCCUUUAGUCAAUCACAACUCUGCAAAAACAAAUUCGGUUCUUGCAACUUCUCCAGUUCCAUCUCCUUCCAGCCCGACCAAUGCCCCGCCAGCUAACCCGACCCCAACCAAUGCCCCACCUGCUACCCCAACCAGCACCCCCCCUGCUAGCCCGAACGGCGCAGCCCCUACUAGCCCGAAGGGCGGAGCCCCUACUAGCCCGAGCACUAAUCCCCCUCAACCUGCUGGCCCAAUCACACCCGGGGCAGCACCUAGCCCUAGGAAGAUGUUGUCACCACCACUGCCACCAAAUAUUAUUACGCCUGCCGCAUCACCUGCCCCAACUGAAGAUGACUCCAGUGUGGGAAGGAGUUUGAGGGUUAGUGCAGGUGCUAUUGUUGCAACAAUAGUGUCAUCCAAUCUAUUCCUCAUGUUGAUGGCUUGA